AUGCCAAACAUAAGUGCUGCCACGUCCAGAAAGAGGAGGCUACUUGGGAACGUAGUUCACUCACUCCUACUCUUCGGCGCCCCAAUCUGGGCUGAUCGCAUGAGCGCCAAGGGUACAGCAGAGAUGGCUAAGGUUCAGCGGAAAACGGUACUCAGGGUGGCGUCCGCAUACUGCACCGUCGUCUCGACGAACGCGGCACUCGUUGUAGCAUCCAUGCCGCCGAUCGACUUACUCGCCAAAGAACGCCUCUUCAUUUACUCAAACAAGGUCGACCCAGAAGCCAGAGGUAAGGCCAGAGAUGGCACCCUCGAGUCAUGGCAAACGUGGUGGAAUAAGCCUGGCCCAGGUAGAUGGACUUAUCACCUAAUCCCGUCCAUCGCCCAAUGGUUGAACAGGAAGCACGAUGACGUCGACUUCCACCUCACCAAUUCUUAA